UGCGGGCUGGCUGAUGCAGGCGGGUCGUCCCGCGCCUCCCGCCCCCGCCGCGCGUGUGUGCGUGUGCCGCCGCCCGCCCGAGCCGCCGCGCGGGGCCGUCCCCGGGCCGCCCUGCCCGUCCCGGCCGCGGGCAGCUCCGCCGCGGAGCCGCGGUAGGAUGCGGGGGGUGAGCGCCGGCUCGGGGCGGAGCGGCGGGCAGCCCGCCUGCCGCCAGCGCCCGCAGCCCGCCGGGGCCCGGCCGCGGCCGCACCCGCAGGGGACGCGCUCCGGCCGCCGCCCGUCCCCGGAGGCACCAGGCUCUUGAAUCUGUUCUACAAUGGAAAAACUGCUUUUGUUUCUGCUGUUCAUUGGCGUAGCGGUGCGAGCUCAGAUCUGCCCCAAGCGCUGCGUCUGUCAGAUCUUGUCUCCGAACCUCGCCACCCUUUGUGCCAAGAAAGGGCUCUUGUUUGUUCCUCCCAACAUUGACAGGAGGACCGUGGAGCUGCGGCUGGCGGACAACUUUGUUACAAACAUUAAAAGGAAAGACUUUGCCAACAUGACCAGCCUGGUGGACCUGACGCUGUCCCGGAAUACAAUCAGUUUUAUCACACCUCACGCGUUUGCCGACCUGCGCAAUUUGCGGGCUCUGCAUUUGAACAGCAACCGAUUGACUAAGAUCACUAAUGACAUGUUCAGUGGGCUCUCCAAUCUCCACCACUUGAUACUGAACAACAACCAGCUGACUUUAAUUUCUUCCACAGCUUUUGAUGAUGUUUUAGCUCUCGAGGAAUUGGAUUUGUCUUAUAACAAUCUGGAAACCAUCCCUUGGGAUGCCGUAGAGAAAAUGGUCAGUUUGCACACUCUCAGUCUUGACCACAACAUGAUUGACCAUAUUCCUAAGGGGACCUUCUCCCACCUCCACAAGAUGACCAGGCUGGACGUCACAUCCAACAAACUGCAGAAGCUGCCGCCUGAUCCGCUCUUCCAGCGCGCUCAGGUGCUGGCAACCUCAGGAAUUAUCAGCCCCUCGACAUUUGCGCUGAGCUUUGGUGGGAACCCCUUGCAUUGCAACUGUGAGCUUUUGUGGCUGAGGCGCCUUUCCAGGGAGGAUGACCUGGAGACCUGUGCCUCUCCUACGCUGCUGUCUGGCCGGUACUUCUGGUCGAUCCCUGAGGAGGAGUUCCUCUGCGAGCCGCCGCUCAUCACGCGGCACACCCACGAGCUGCGGGUGCUGGAGGGGCAGCGGGCAGCCCUGCGCUGCAAGGCCCGGGGUGACCCCGAGCCAGCAAUCCAUUGGAUUUCACCCGAGGGCAAACUGAUUUCCAACGCCACCAGGUCCACGGUGUACGACAACGGGACGCUCGACAUCCUUAUCACCACGGUGAAGGACACGGGCUCCUUCACCUGCAUUGCUUCCAACCCCGCGGGGGAGGCCACGCAGACGGUGGACCUGCACAUCAUCAAACUCCCCCACUUGCUGAACAGCACAAACCACAUCCACGAGCCUGACCCCGGCUCCUCGGAUAUCUCCACAUCCACCAAGUCGGGCUCCAAUGCGAGCAGUAGCAACGGGGAUACUAAAGUCAGCCAGGAUAAGAAGGUGGUUGUCGCGGAAGCGACGUCCUCCACGGCUCUGCUGAAAUUCAAUUUUCAGAGGAAUAUACCUGGGAUACGUAUGUUUCAAAUCCAGUACAAUGGUACUUACGAUGACUCCCUUGUUUACAGAAUGAUACCUCCCACGAGCAAAACCUUUCUGGUCAACAACCUGGCUGCGGGGACGAUGUACGACCUGUGCGUCCUGGCCAUCUACGACGACGGGAUCACCUCGCUGACGGCCACCAGAGUCGUGGGCUGCACGCAGUUCACCACCGAGCAGGAUUACGUGCGCUGCCACUUCAUGCAGUCCCAGUUCCUGGGUGGGACCAUGAUUAUCAUCAUUGGUGGGAUCAUUGUGGCGUCCGUGCUCGUGUUCAUCAUCAUCCUCAUGAUCCGCUACAAGGUGUGUAACAACAACGGGCAGCAGAAGGCCACCAAGGUCAGCAACGUGUACUCGCAGACGAACGGGGCUCAGAUCCAGGGCUGCAGCGGGGUGCUGUCGCAGUCCAUGUCCAAGCAGGCUCUCGGGCACGAGGAGGGCAUCCAGUGCUGCAAGGCUGCCAGCGACGGCGUGACGCAGUCACCGGACACCGGCUCCAGCCAGGACUCGGCCACCACUACCUCCGCUUUGCCUCCCGCCUGGACUUCCAGCACUUCCCUGUCGCAGAAGCAGAAGCGAAAGUCGGGGCCAAAGCCCGGCAGCGAGCCGCAGGGCGAGGCUGGCGGCAGCGCCGAGCCCCAGAACUCGAACAGAAAUAACUCCACGGCCCUGCAGCUGGCCAGCCGCCCCCCCGACGCGGCCCCCACGUUCAAAAGAGCACAAUCCAAGCCAAGUAAGUUCCUGACGCUGCCGGCCGACGCGUCCCGAGCCAAGCGCCGGCGGUCGCUGGGCGGCGAGCUGCUGGAGCCCCGCGGCGCCGGCCUGCGCUCCAAGCGGAGCAUGUCCAUGAACGGGAUGCUAGUCCAGGCAGACUGCGCCGGGGCCGAUAGCGGAAAAGCAACUUUCUCCAGUUCUGAGUGGAUAUUGGAAAGCACUGUGUGACCUGCUUUUUUUUUCUUUUUUCUUUUUUUUUUUUUUUUUUUAAAUUCUUAUUUUAACUAAAACCACCAAACAUUGUGUGAAACUCCCUUUCCCAGGGAAUUGGAUUUGGAUGUCCACUGCUGUCUCGCUGAUUAAUGGCUUGUUCAUGCGGGGUUCUGUAUAAGCCACCCAGUGCACACGGGGGUUUAUUUAGUUUUCGUUUGGUUUUAUUUAAUAUCAAAACCGAAGGCAACAUUCAGAGAUUAAAAAAAAAAAAAAAAAAAAAAAAAAGGAAAAAAAGAUUAAGGGGUGAAAAAAAGCACGAAACAGCACCAGUGCCUUCCCUGCUCUAGGACUGGCUUCCUGGUUCUGCGGUAGCAGAAAACAAAAGAGAGAGUUUUCACAGAAAAAGCCUUUUAUAAAGGAAAUGCAAUUUCCUCCAAGCUAACAAAUAACCACUUCUGGAUCAAUCAGUAAAAUGAUAUUUUUUAAACCGGUCAGACUGUAUAUUUCUUUUCCGUGACAAUGGUGUUGCCUUUGUUUUUAGGCAGAUGCUGUACAGGAGCAACAACGCUGUGUUGUUAUGUUGUGUAAAAUAAAAUAUUCACUCGGUACGCCAGCCAGCCUCGCGGUGACUGCCCCGCCGGAGCCGGGCCGUGGUGCUGCAGAGCUCCCACCGUGGGGCUGGAGGAGCACCAGGAGGCACCGGGGCGCGGGUCAUUCCCCUGUGCCAGCUCUGGGCUCUGGCUGGUGCUACUGGAGCACUGGCAGCCCACAGCGGCUCUCCCUGCCAGGUGUCUGACCCUGGUCCCCAGCGCCCAGAGCCCGCGGUGCCGGCAGCGCCCUGUCUGUCCUGCAGCAGCGCCCUGUCUAUCCUGCAGCAGCGCCC